CCUCAUUUCUCUCAUCUCUCUCUCUCCGCUCACUCCUCGAUUCAACUCGAUUCAUCCUCCUCCCCAUCUCCACAUGUCGCUAUAACACGGUGUCAUCUGUCUUUAUCUCCUCAUCGCCCCUGCUCUCUCUGUCUCUCUCUUCCUCUCUGUCCACGUCUUUCUUCUGCUCCAACCUCUCAACUUGACUCGUCACAGAGCUCCAUCUCAUUCCAUCACCCGCUCUAGACAACACCAUGACCACCGCGCUCGAGCCCUCGCCACCCCCGCUUGUCAUUCAGCGCACCGGCGACUCUGGUUGCGCGAGCGACACCACUCACACCACAGUUGACACCCUUCCAUCAAGUGUCGACGGCGAUGAACCUUCCCCUCUGAAAGACACUCUGCGCAGGAAGUACCAUCGCCAUGUGAGCCGCUCCGCAGCCAAGCGUGACAGCGUUGCCACCCUCCCCUCAAUCCGUGACCUCCAGCUCCACUUCUCCGGCGGCGGCGUGGUCCAUCGCGACGGCGUCGGCGUAGGCAUUCGCGCAUCCCCCCUCGGCAGUGUAGCGGAGCGAACCGAGAGAAAGCCAUGGAAGAACGUCGCGUUGAACCGCAUUGCACCGAGCGAUGCGCGCAAGGAGGCCAAUAUGCUUGCGCGCGAUGUCUCGGCCACUUGGGCCGCAGAGGGUGCGCCCUCCGAUCUCCGGAAGGUGUUCGUCGACACAGCUGCAGCGGUGCGCCGCAUGCGCACUCUUGCCUUGUCACUGGCUUCCGCGGGCCGCCGCGUCAGCACGCCCCGCGCUCCCGCGAGCUUUAGUGUGCCUUCCCGUCCGACGGGCGUGGGCGCUGCGCCGCGGUCCGUUUCAGCACCGAUCCUCGGAAUUGACCACGCUGCCCCUCUGCGCCGCGCGGCGCUCGACGUACUCGGCCAACUCCGCACUCUCGAGGAGCGACUGCGCAACAGCCUUCCCAUGCUCGUCGUCAAUGGCGAGCUGGCCGACUCACCGGUGCAGGAUCACAUCCAACUGUCCCCCUCGGCGACGAGCGGAGCGAGCUGCGCCGACGAGUGGUCCGAGGACGAAGAAUACGACAUAAAUGAGGCAGCGCGGAUUGCCGAGGCGACGAGCUCACGCCCUCCAUGGGAGGAGCGCAUCGUCGCGGACGCACACGGCUACCGCGCGGUUGGAGACGAGGAGUGGGCGGCUGAGAGUGGAGCAGCACGCGACGCCGUCGUCCGCUGGGUCGAAGUCGUGGGACGUCUGUUCCGCGAGGCACCCGCUGGCCCAGCGGAUGAGUGGGCUGGGCUCGAAGGCAUAGAUCGCCUUUACGCCUUCCUCAAAGCGCACCUUUCACCCGAACAUGCCGCCCUCCUUCCCUCCCCGGGUGACGCGCUGCUAGACCGUCUCAGCGACGGCUUCCUGCUCGCUCACGCCUUCAACGCAUAUCUUCUUACUUCGACACGACCAUGGGGCUUUGUCCCUGACGAGGACCUUCACGACACGCUGGGCGCCGAAGAAGGCGAAUGGACCUUCCGCCGGGCCGAGAACCUCACUAGCUGGGCUGCUGCUGUGCGCAUGCGAUUCAAUAUCCCCAUCGCCAUGCCAACGCCACCGACUGCGCCCAAGGCCGCCGCACAGGCAGCGCUCGGCCGCCGCCGCAGUAUACAGGUCAACGAGUUUGAUCCCCUUGUGGUGGCGAAGCGUGCAGAUGGUUGGGAACGCAUGCUUCGCACAAUCAUUGACGCUUGGAUGAUGGAAGCAGCGCGCGAGGUGCAGAAUUGUGCCAAGCCGAUCGAGGCUGGUGACAGUGAAGGGGCUGUAUAAUAUGAUGGGCACAGCAGGUACGCAGACAAGCGCCAAAGGCGAGGCAUAGAACAGACAGACAACCGACAGAGGAGAGGCGGAAAGCAGCAUCAGUAUCCGGCAUUCAAACGGCUAUCAGCCCACGCCCCACAACGACACGAAAUGAAACGAUCCGGGCCACGAUGUAGAGCCCAACGAAGCCAUUACCUCAUAUUCUAGAAAAACGGAUGCAUCUAUGCGGCACA